AUGUCAAACUUGAAAAUAUCAAAAUACAGUUAAAACGCCCCAACCUCUCAAACUACUACAUCUUUUGGAGGUCCAUAUGGUCUAUAAUCUAAUUUGCCACCUCAUGCAGCUACUCAAUCUAAUUUCAUAGCUAAUGGGUAAUAAAAAUCAAGGCGGCUUUAGAGUGAUUAAAACAGGGCUAGUGGAACAGGAGUUCAAUUGAUGAAAGGAAUUAAGAGUAAAGCGAUAGUGCUGAACGACAGUUAACAAGAAAAAAGCUAAGCAGCUGAUUUGAUGAAAAUUUUUGGAAACGAGAGAAAUUUCCAAUUGAUAAAAUCACUCAUGGAUACAUCAUAAGUGAAAGGAACUCAGCAAAAGCAAAAUAAGAGAACAAUUAGUGCUAAACAUAAUCAUCAGCAAUCUUAAAAAGUAAUUCAUUAGCAUGGCCAGAUUGCUACUAUUAAUGACGAUAAAGAGAUAAAGGUUGAGAAAGCAAUCUUGGAUUUGAACGAACUAAAGUCGCAAAUGUUCAGUGAGAAAAAUUCCAACAUCAAUGCCACCAACAAAGAUUAACAGAUGCGAAAGACAAAUUUUUCCAAUUUUUAGCAGACCUCUUACUCAACUUAAAGUGCAUUUACUCAUAAUUAAUAAAAUAAUUUAGGUUUAAAUGGACCUAUCAAACCUAAGAAUGAGACUAUAUACUCAAACUAAAACAAUAUUAGCAAUCUCAGCAAUUAAGCUGCCCCUAUUAAUUUGCAAUAACAGUAGCUUCCAUCUGUCACCUAAACUAGUUUUUUUAGUAACUCAACCUAAUUUAACUUCAACAAAGCCUAAAGUCUCACUAGUAAUAUUGAUAAUUUAGAUAGAGAUCAGUUAAGAGAAAGGUUAUUAGUAGCUGAGACACUUAUGAAAAAGCUAUAUAACAGAAAUAAAGAACUAGAACAAGAAAUUGAAUAGAACAACAAUUAUGGUGGUGGUAAUAAAAGCAUGAAUUCAUAGAUUCCUGAUAUCAAUUAAAAAGAAUACAUGAAGGAUGCUAAUGAUUUGACUACAAUUGAAGAUAAGAAUAUGUAAGUUUCAGACUUGGGACUAGUCGAGCAGCUCAAACAGAGAGAAGAUUAACUUAUUAGGGAGUUAGAAGAAAAAUAACAAGAGAUUGAUGAUUUGAAGCAUUAGAACUAGGAAAUUAUUAAAAAAUAAAGUGAUGAUAAGAAUACAAACUAUAGCUAUUUCCUGGAGGAGAAAUUAGCUGAAAGUUAACUAGAAAAUAGAAGAAUGCUACUGAAAUACACUGAAAUUAGAAAUUUCGCUUAUCAAUAAAUCGAAUAGCAUAUCAAAUAGAUGAAUAAGAAGAGAAAUAAUAAUAUUCAAAACAAUAAUCUUUAGGUUUACAAGCAGAUGAUUGAGAGAGAGCGUAAGCAUUGGUAGUAUGAAAUCGAGAAUAAAUAGUAAUAGAUUGACAGAUUUUAGUUAACUAUUAAGGACCAAGAGUAAUCAGUCAAAGAUAUCAAAGAAAGAGUUUUAGAAUUAGAGGAUGAGAUUGAAACAAGAGAUGCAUGCGAAGCUAAAGUCUAAGAGUACGUUAAGACAAUUGUUGAAAAAAAUGAAUAACUAUAGUAAUAGCUAAAGUAGAAAAGUUGA